ACCACCCUCUCCAAAAUAGUAGCAGGCUGGCUUUCGUAGGCUGCUCGGCCUUCGGCCUGUAUACACAACACCUCUAUCACUAACCACUGCACUAUCAGUUUCAAUUUUCAUUUCCCUCCAAAUACAAAUAAACCCUAAAAUUAUAUAGCAAUUAGCCGAGAGAGAUGGUUGAUUACAAGUUUCUUAAGAUAGAGGACGCCAUCCCUUGCAUCAACCAGAAAGUUAACCUUAUUGCCGUCAUUCUUGACUUCAGUCUGCCCCAGAAAUCCAGGGGCACCGAUUAUUUCUGUAAGCUAAAAAUAAUUGAUGAGUCACAUCCCAAAUAUGGGAUUCCCGUUCAUCUAUUUGCUCAAUGUAUCGGCGCUCUUCCUCAUGUUGCGUCUGUUGGAGAUAUUAUUCACCUUUCUCGUGUCAUGAUGAAAACUCAUGAAGGAGAUGUAUAUGCUAUAUUCAACAAAAGGUUUUCUUCAUUUGCUUUAUAUGAAGGGAUAGAUGGUGAAAAUUUCCAUCCUUAUCAAGUUUCUUUAAGAUUUCACGCAAGAGAACAGGAUAACAAGAUAAUAGCAGACCUGAGAAAAUGGUUAGCAAAUUCAAAGGUUAUUGAUGUGUCGAUCAACUUCUUAUUAUUGAGAGAGAUCAACGAAGUGGAUUGGAUAAAUUUAGCUUGCAAGGUACUUCAUAUAUGCAAAACUGCUAAAGAUGAGUGGAUGGUCUUUCUUUGGGAUGGAACUGAUGCUCCACCCUUCGGUAUUUAUAAAAAGCUCGAAGAUGAAAUGCAAAACCAGCUUCCUUUAUGUUUGGAACCCAUGCCUUUAUCAAGAGAUGUGCUAUGUACAUUUCCCACCGUUGGAACUAUCUUAAGGGUGAUCAUUAAUGAAGAUUGCAGAAAAUAUACCCCUCAGUUGCCGAAAAUUGGUCAAUGGGUGAAACUUUUUCAUGUAUUAUGCAAAGUGCAUGAAGGAUUAUGGUAUGGUGUGUUGACACCAUCUUCGAAGAUCCGAGAUAUACCAAAUGACAAUAUGCUCAUACUCGAGCGCCAGAGCAAUUAUGAUCACCGAUUAUCAUGCAAACUGGAUAAGAUGCCAUAUUGGAGCUUUCCGUGGCCGUCAAGAAUUACAGAGGUUAACUGCGAUGAUGUGCCAUUUGCAACCUUGAUGGACGUUCUCAUGUGUCGAAAGGUAAGAAAGAAAUUUAGGUGUGUAGUACGAGUUGUUGCUGCAAUUCCAUGGCGAGUUGAGGAUUUCUGCUCUCCUCCUGGAAUUUAUAGGGUUAGGUUCGCUCUAGAGGAUCCGACUGCCAGAAUACAUGCUUUUGCUUAUGCUGAAGAUGGGGCGAAAUUUUUCAACGGUUAUUCCUCCGAUGCAUUGACACAGAAGCUAAUUAAAUUGCUUGGGGUAGCUAUAAGUGCUGGUGGCAUGGAAAUUAAGGGUGCCGCUAGAAAUCCCCCAUGGGUGCAGUGUUGCUUGAAAUCUCAUUACCUCAAGUGCUAUAAGAUCUGUGACACCAAGCUUGUCGGUUAAAGAGUUUGACCGCAAUUUGUCGAUAUCUACUAUCUAGGAGUAACUAUGGAAAAGGGGUGCUUGUUUAUUCUAUUGGCUUUUGCUCUUGGUAGGUAAACAUUUCAAAUUCAAAAGAAUUCGUUUAUGAUGGUCAAGAAAAGAAAUUUCCUAUUCUUGUAUAUUAAGGGCAUGAAAAAGAAAUGGGAAAUUAUGUCUGAGCUUUAAUAUUUUUUUAUUAAUAUAAUAA